AAAUUUAUUGAGCUGGAAAUCGCAAUAAUAACAGAAGAUUUGGCAUGCCAACGCAUCUCCCAGUACAAGCGGAAAUAGGUAGAUAUCUUGAAUGCAGGACUCAAUGCAUGAAAUCACUGACAAAUAUUUGGCUCAAAUGUCAGAUUUUUGGACAGUAUAUGGCGGCACGUGCCGAUCACGCUCCGGGAAAGGGAGAGAGAGUUGAAGGUGGUAUCGGGAGACUAAAAUGCUCAAAGGGGAAGGGUCAGAAAGCAAUAAUGAAAAGGAUAGUAUUGUUCUGACGUUUUUAAUGUCUAAAAGCAACCAAACUUUGAUACGCUAUCCACAUUUCCUUUUUAACUUUCUCUUGAUCUUGAUUUCUUCCUCUUCUUCUGCUUCACUUUUUCUACACUUUCUUCGAGUUGUGUAUACUUACACAAAGAUUCAACACACGCACAAACACAUUGUGGGUUAGAGUUAAAAUGUGAGCUCUUCCACAGGCUAUUUCCCUCACAAACUCUGAUAUGUAUUGCCACUCACCCUUUUACGUGAGAAGUGAUGAAGGUGGUAGAAACGGUACCCGUUUUACGGAUCUUGGAGAGCUUGAACAGGCAGCUGGAACCGGAUUUCCUCAUGAGGGUGUUGAUUUAAGCAGAAGUUCAAUGUACAAUGAGAUGAAGGCAAGCAAUGUUUCUGUUGUGACUAAUAACUUGCAGUUUGGUGGAAUCAACCAUAACAUCGGUUCAGCAGACAUGGGGUCAUCAGUAGCUGGGGUGCAUACAGGACACCUCAUCUUACAGAAGGGGACAAUGGUGGGGAUUGUUGGUGGUGGGAGCGGCGGCGAUGGUGGUUGUGGUGGUGGGGCUUUGGGAAACGUGCAUUUUGAUAACUGGGUUGAUUCUGGGGUGGUGGCAGAUCACAGCCAGCAGACUGACACUUCCACAGAUACUGAUGAAAAAAACCAGUUCCAAAGAGGACAAUGUGGAAAGUUGAUGGUUGUGGAUUCAAUAGACCAGUUCAAGGGAAACACUGGAGACCAAAAGGCACUACGUAGACUGGCUCAGAAUCGAGAAGCUGCAAGAAAGAGCCGGUUGAGAAAAAAAGCAUACGUUCAACAGCUCGAGAGCAGUCGGGUAAGGCUUUCACAACUAGAGCAGGAGUUGAAAAGAGCACGUCAUCAGGGAAUUUGCAUUGCAUCAGGAUUGUCAGGAGAUCAGUCUGUGAGUGGAAAUGCAUUUGACAUAGAUUAUGCACGCUGGCUUGAUGAACAUCAAGGACUGAUCAAUGAUCUGAGAUCCGCUGUGAAUGCUCACAUGGGUGACAGUGAGCUACGCCUUCUUGUCGAUGGGGUGAUGUCACAUUAUAAUGAAAUAUUCAGGCUAAAAAGCACGGGUGCAAAGUCAAAUAUAUUUCACAUGUUAUCUGGCAUGUGGAAGACUCCUGCAGAAAGAUGUUUUAUGUGGUUGGGAGGAUUUCGUUCAUCGGAGCUUCUCAAGAUACUUGGCAACCAAGUUGAACCUCUGACCGAACAACAAUUGAUGGGACUAUGUAAUUUGCAGCAGUCCUCCCAACAAGCUGAGGAUGCGUUGUCCCAAGGAAUGGAAGCAUUGCAACAAUCACUCGUAGAGACACUGUCCUCUGGUCCUAGUGGUUCUGGUAAUGUGGCUGACUACAUGGGGCAAAUGGCUAUUGCCAUGGGCAAGCUCGCCACGCUCGAGAAUUUCCUUCAUCAGGCUGACCUUCUGAGACAGCAAACUUUGCAGCAAAUGCAUCGAAUCUUGACAACCCGACAAGCUGCUCGGGCUCUUCUUGCCAUCAAUGAUUACAAGUCGAGGCUUCGGGCUCUCAGUUCUUUAUGGCUGGCACGCCCUAGAGAUUGACUUAGGUGAUUACGUUGUCUUUCAGAACAAUGCAAGCUGACCAUUCCUACAUAACCUUUAAUUGCUUUCUAACAGUCAUUUGCUGGUGGGUUAGUGAGUAUGCUAUUUGCUUAGGUCAAUAUAUUAGUGGACACUGGAUUUGUGAAACUUACUGCUGUAUCAAAGAUGUGUAUCUGUUUACUAUUGAUUGACUUCGUAUGGAUUACUAACAGUAGUUGCUUUGUAUCAACCAUCAAAGAAUAUGUUUCAGUCAUUAAAAAUGUUUGUACUUUAAAU